CUGUCUACAUAGGCAGCUGCCUCAACCAGCUCUCUACAAUACCUCAACAUUGCAGCCAGAGGAAUCAAUUUACCAGAGUUUACUUUGGUUGGUCUGGUGGAUGGAGAGCAGAUUAUGUACUAUGACAGUAAUAAUAAGACUCUGCUCCCAAAGACAGAGUGGAUGAAAAAGUUUAAAGAUGAUAAUCCUGAUUACUGGAAGAGGAGAACACAGCGUAUACAAAAUAAACAUGAGGAUAUAAAACAUGAUCUGCUUACAGUAAUGGAGCAUCUUGGUCACAAUAAAGGAGUUCACACCCUGCAGAAGAUGAUUGGCUGUGAACUUGAUGGGGACGGUACCUCUAGAAGAUACAGUCAGUACGGUUAUGAUGGAGAAGAUUACACCAGUCUGGAUCUGGGGACUAAAAUCUGGACUACUACUAAUGCUAAACCUGUUAUUAGUAAACUCACCUGGUUUGUUGAACGCAAUACUCAGGACGAGAUGCAUUGCCUGGAGAACAUCUGUAUCGACGAGUUAAAAAAGUUUAUAUUGUAUGGCAGAGAAACUCUGAGGAGGAAAGUUCGUCCUGAGGUCUCAGUGUUCCACAAGCAUUUUCCUUCUCCAGAGCUGGUGUGUCAUGCUACAGGUUUCUUUCCCAGAGAAGUGAUGAUGUCCUGGCAGAAGGAUGGAGAGGAACAGCAUGAGGACGUGGAGCUCACAGAGACAUUGCCCAACCAGGAUGGAAGCUUCCAAAAGAGAAUCAUUCUGAGAGUCUCACCUGAGGAGCUGAAGGAACACAACUACAACUGUGUGAUUCAGCACUGCAGCCUGGAGAAGGACUUGGUGCUUAAAGUGUCAGAUCCAGAAGGAGGAUUGUUUCUAAUCAUUGUUGCUGCCGUGGCUUCUGUUGCUCUUGUUGCCCUCAUUGCUGUUGGAGUUCUGAUCUGGAUGAAGAAGUCUGGCUUCAAACUUGUUCCAGAGAAUUUACCCCCUCCUGAGAGGUGGAGGGGAGAUUCAGAAAGUAGUACAGAGGACAAGAUGUCAAAUAUGGACACCUGAGCUUUUAUCAAAAAACAUUUUGGUGUAAAGAUACUUUAUUGGCACUGCCAAAGUUUGCAGUUGCUGCUGCUUUAUCACUGCUUCAGACGUUUCAGCUGUUUUUAAUGUAAAUGAGAUUAAGGUUUUUUCUCUCUGACAAGUCCAUGACUGUGAGCAGCAUAGAAGCUCAAGCUGCAUCUUUGUGUUUAGUUUCUACCUUUGGGAACACUUACCUAAUCAGCUCCUCCUGACCUAAAGAGUCCUGUUCAUACUUCAGAAUACAUAUAUCUGAUGCUCCUGAACCAUGAAGUGAUUUGCAGACCAGUAAUCAGAACUUGAGCAGAAUUUAUGUUCUUGUCACUGUGGCCUGAGGCUCAAGCCAAAAACCAGCAAAGCAUUCCCACACCAUCACACCACCAUGUUUGAUUUUCACUCUAAUGUUAUUACUGUGGAAUGCUUUGUUAGCUUCAUGUCAGAUGUAAUAUGAACCAAGUUCCACUUUUGACUAAUCAGUUUACAGCACAUUAUCCCAAAAGGCUUGUGGGUCAUCAAGGUUUUUCUGUUAGCAAAAUGUGAGAUGAGCCUUAAUGGUCCUCUUGCUUAGCAGUGCUCAUUACCUUCCAACGGUUCCAUUAAUAAAAUUCCAUUGGUGUCUACUGGUGGAAUCAUGAAAAUUAAGGUUUGCUGGAGUUCCAGAUCAUUAUAAGCUUUGUUAUACUUUCCAGGCUUGUUUGAAUAACUUUCUGUAUAUUAGCUACAUAGCUAAAAUGGUUUAUUUUCAACAUGACUGCAGUAAUUAAGUGGGGGUGUGUCAAUUAUGACUUUAAUAUUAAUCUC